AACACGUUGACCCUUCCAUCUCUUCCAACUUACUGAAAGUAAUAUUGUCCCUGAUCAAUGAUGGCUACUCAGGGAAGGGAAUACACAUCUGCACCCGCUGAUGGAUCCCGGACGCUUACGCUACACGAUUCGCAACCACGACCAGACGAUGAUGUCGGUCAGCCUGUAGUUGUGGGAACUCUUAGAUUACGGGGGGAACCACGCAAGACUCGUCAGCGAGUUGCAUGGGAUGAAGACGUGAUUGACAAUGAGGGAUCUGGAAAGAAAAAGUCAAAGAUUUGCUGUAUAUACCACAAACCUCGGCGGUUUGACGAAUCGUCUGAUGAAGAAUCAUCCGGGUCAGACUCUGAUUCAGAUUGUCAGCACAAUAAUUGCCCGCGUCAGAGAAGGAUGCAUCAUCCAGAAGGAGACGGGCAUAGUGAUGGACUUGCUAUGCGUGACGCCCCUAACAGAGGAGCGAUUCAUGAAGUAGAAGAAGCAGGGUCGAGUGGUAAUGCGUAUGAACGCGCCCCUAAGACUAAAAGGAAUUAGAUUACCCGUCAGGCUAUACGAUAUCCUUGGUACUCUACCUAUAGAUUUGUAGAAUAUAUAAUACGCCUAUUUGCAUACCUUCAGGAGCUGAGCCUGCCACAUGCAUUCGGAUUAUUGACAUGUUUUGCUCCUGUUCAAGUU